GUGAUUCGUUUCUUAAAAUGUCGACUUAAAAUAUUGAUUUAAGCUAAUCAACGAAAUAAACAAUUUCAAUACGGAAAAUUCAUAAAUGAUGUUGAUCUGUUCACGUUCGUUUGAAGAGAAUAUUUUGAAUUUGAGGUUAUGUUUGAUUGUCGACUACAUUGUACAUAUAGCUUUGAGGUAUACAGAAUAUUGGUAUGGAAAAACAUUUUGCAUCGUUGAAAUUGUUAGAUUCGGACAGUGAUUGGGAAAUAACGGAGACUAUUAAUUAUUCUCAAACGCCAUCUUCUCGUCGAAUCUGCGUAAAUCAGAUCUGUCAGCGUGAAACUCAGCCUAACUUGGUUAGACAAUACAAUUGCGAGCAAAUUUUUGCCGAGCGUGCAACUGCAAGACAAAUGAAAAAAAAGGAAAGUGACAAUAAAAUUUCUAACGAAUAUCAGACAACAACCGAAUCUUAUUUUGAUUCGUUUACGUCGCCCAAUAGACAGUUUUGUAAAAAUAGCAAUAUAUUACAAGCACCGAAAUUUGUACCGAACAAACCAUUUAGUGAAAUACUACCCGAUGAAACUGAAAAUGUAAAUCCUACAAAUGAAUCCGAAUUUUCAUUGCAUUGCUCUGCAGCAAAUGCGAAUACGAUAAAUGAAGUUGAUAAUUUUUCCUCUGCACAAUUCAGAAACCCUAAGAAAACAGUGGCUAAAGCUGAGGCAAACGGUGACGCAAAGAUUGUGAAUAAAAAGACGUAUCAGGAAAUAAAACAUAAAUUCAGACCAUUGGUAUUAAAAAACAAAAUUCCACCAAAAAAGAAGAGAAAUAUGUGUUAUUACAAUUGCUUGAUAUUAUGUUUAUUUCCAAUAGUCACAGUAAUACUUGCAAUGCUUCUAAAUUUGAAUAUACCUACUGCCUGUAAUCGUGCAAUGUUUUUUUCAAAUGCAGCUCAAGAAUUACAGCAGAAGAUACAUGGACAAGAAAAUGCAAUUUCUAACAUUAUUAGUCAUAUAAAUCAAGAUAUUUUCUAUUUAAAAGUUCUGUGCCUUGUAGGUGGAACAGGUGUUGGAAAAUCUUACACUGCUAAUAUUAUAGCAAAACAUUUUCCUCUGAAAGAAGAAAUUUUUAUAUAUGAUACAUUGUUCCCCUAUUCUUCCAAUGGAAACAUGUUAAGUUUAUUUGAUUCGUAUCAAUUAAUCAUUAUGGAAAAUUUAAAAAUAAGAAAUUUAGAUAUUUUUUCUACUAUAAUAGAUGUGUUAAAUAAAAAAAGAGAUAAAUGUAUUACUGUAAUAGCAAUUUUCAACAUAGAAGAGGUGAAUAAUAAUUUAGAAAGAACAAUAAAUUUUACACAAAGUAUAAAUUCAAUUAAUGAAGCAUUUGCUGAUAAAAAGCUUGAUAGCUUAAUUGUUCCUUAUCAGCCUUUGAAUGAAGAAACAUUGCAAAGGUGCAUAAUAGAAGCGGCAGCAAUUAGCAAUUUGACACUUAUGUCGAAUCAAAUAAAUGAAAUCAAACAAAAUUUGUUACUUUCUGCCAGUGGCUGCAAGGGGGCCUAUGCUAAGGUACAAGUUAUUGGUAGACACUGAAGAUUUGAUUAUUCACUUUUAAAAUAUAUGUUCCUCUUUCUUUUAAGUGCUCAAAAUUUUAAAGACUGAAAUGGUAAUAUUAAUUGCAUACUUAAUAUCAGUGGAUUCUGUAGAAAAGUAUCAUAUUUCAAAAGUUUAUCAUUAUAAAUCUAAUUUUAGCCUCAGAGUGAUAGCAAGAAUAAGCUGGAAUAUUACAAAUGUUAUCCUUAAUUCAAUUAUUAACAAACCACGUUAAGCCAAGUCAACUAAUUUUUUCUGCAGUUUUGUUAAAGUUUUUAUACAAAGUGUAGUACCAUUAUAUUUAUAAUGUGUUUUAACUUAAUUUUAAUUAAUGUAGUUACGAAAUAUACUAUUUAUCGAAUAUUUAAAUUUGUAAAAAAAC